AUGUUGAUGUCACAUGUUUACCAACGGGUUAUAGUACUAGAGUUCCCCCUUUACUAGAACUUUGUGACGAUUAUUACAAAAUAUUGGAUAAUGAUAGUGGUGGUACGUAUUAUAAAAAUGGAAUAUAUAAAAAUGUUAAUUCAUUGUUAGAAAGACUUGAAAAAGACGCCGAUACAUUUUCUGAAAAUGAUGGAAUUGAAGAAGAAUUACAAGAUUUAGAUGAAGAAUUAGAAGGUUUUGAGCAUGAAAAUAUUCAAGAAAAAGAU